UCGUUCUCGCUCUUUCAUCCCAUGCUGGGCCACAGAGGCUCCGGGAGACACGGCUACAUAUCAUCAAGACCCGGGAUGGAGGAGAGAAGCGGAUGGGUGAAGAAAAAGUUCAAAGCCGAAAAAGAGCAACUUUCAACAUGACGCUUUGACUGACGCGCAAUUUUUACCACCACCACUUACGACGACGAGAGCACCGGCGCUAGAUUAAAGUUUGUUCAAAUAUCCUUCAUCUUGUAUUUCUUCAACUUCUUGCGCUUUUUUUUAAAGCUCUGUGUGCGCGCAAGACCGGCCGAGGGUCGCGGUCGCUGAGAUGUUGGAGUGAGUGAGCAUGGCUGCGCAAGUGGCUCCCUCCAGAAAUAACAAAACCAAGAAAUUAUCCAGCGGCUUGGGCACGGAGCUCAAUUCGGGGAAAUCCGGAGGAGGAAGCGGAGGAGUCGGUGGAGGAGGAGGAGUGGGAGGAAGCGUACAACAGCAGCGCGGCGGGCAGAUGCUGGCCGCCGGAGAUGGCACUCUGAAUAACGUAGACCGUCACCGCCGAACGGAGCCCGGCAUGGUGCGUUCAACUUCCGCGGGUCACGCCAAGGAUGGGAAUAACCUCACAUCGUCUAAUUCGAACACUUCCCCCAUGGAAGCGGGACUGAUCGGCAACCAUAAACUGAAAUGCGUCGGGAGUGGAGACCUCCCUCAGUCCCAGACACCGCAGCCUCAAUUCGGCCAGUUUGCGCCGCAUCCGCAGCGUCAGAUGCACAGCAGCAACAACGGGCAGGGGCCCCGAGGGACCGUGGACCACUACGGCGGGAAAGAGAACCUUCUGGGAGGUCAAGUGGAGUCACAGCAGCAGGUGCAGGGUAAAGGAGAGCCGCAUCUGAAAUCCACUGGGGGGAUGAUGUCUUCAAGGUACGAUCCCGCCAACAUGGGGCCGACGGGCAACAGUUCAGAGUACAACAACAACAACAACUAUUACUCAACGAGGUCUUAUGAGCAACACGGCGGACAGCAGCAGCAGCAGCAAGGGAUGGGGCUAGCAUCGCCACACAACAGCAUGGACAAUUCCCAUGAAGCAGGAUACCAGAACAGCCAGUACAACCAGUACCCUCCCUACAAUCGGACACGGUACGGCAGUGGGACCUACGGCAUGAUGGGCCCCUCUGGGUGCAGGCAACCUGAGAACUUGAUGAUGAGCGGCAACUCCUCAGCAAGCCACAGCAAGCCCACGCUGGGAGCCUCUUCCAGUGGCUUCCAAAGGUUCCCGGGGCCGACUCAGCAGCAGCAGCAGCAGCAGCAUCCCUCGGGGGCCACCCCGACCCUCAAUCAGCUGCUCACGUCACCAAGCCCCAUGAUGCGGGGCUACGGUGGGGCCUACCAAGACUACAGUGGAUCCUCGGCGCAGCAGGGGCCGGGGAAAGAUGUGGGCCCUCAGUAUGGAGCCACCACAGCCCAUGGCUGGGGAGGGCAGCCCAGGAACCAUCCACAUUCAAUUAGUCCAGGCAAUGGAGGGCAAGGCCUUGGGAGGAGUCAGGUUUCCUCCAUGGAUUUCAUGGCAAUGAAGCGCUCGCAACUCUACGGCAUGGCCAAUAAUCCGUACUCGGGUCCACAGCAGCCAGGGGGUGGACCUUACCCUCCCAACCAGCCGUAUACGCAGCCUCCCUCUCACCGUUAUCCAAUGAGCAUGCCGGGAAGAGGCCAACUGGGCAUGAGCAGCAUGCAGUAUCCUCAGCAGCAGGUGGCGCCGUACAGCCAGCAGGGGAUGGCCGGCUACAGCCAGCAGCAGCAGGCAAGCCAGCAGGGAACCCCGCCCUAUUUCAGUCCACCGCAGCAGACCCCUCCGGGUCCGAACCAGAGCCCUUACCUGCAGUCACGACCGCCGCCUCAGGAGGCACCGCAAGAGAAUUAUGGCACCAGAGGUCCGGGCCCAGGGAAUUCUGGGAAGAGCAACAACGAGGAUGGCGUCUCCUCCCAGGACCGCCCUUCUAGUCUGCCGGAUCUGUCUGGCUCCAUAGAUGACCUCCCCACGGGGACAGAGGCUGGUCUGGGAUCAGCUGUCAGCAGCAGUAGUAACCAAGGAGAGCAAGCAGGCGCCACCACCCAGAGACAGUCACCUUUCUCUCCCCACGCCUCGCCACACCUUCACAGCCAGAGGAGCGGACCUUCACCCUCCCCCGUGGGCUCACCUGCAGGCUCCACUCAGUCCCAACAGUCUCGUUCAGGCUCCGGGCCCAUAUCUCCCGCCAGCGGCCCGACUGCUGACGCCAACACACCUGGCCCCACCUCAAACCCACAGAGCUCUGGGAAUGGAUCGGAUGGAUCCCUCCCACCGGUCACUCGCUCACCUAUGGCUCAAGAGCGCGGGUUCAUGUCCAACAUGCCGAGGAACCAGGCUGGCUCUCAGUUCCCUUUGUAUCCCGGGAUGGGUCCCUACUCGCAAAGUGGCCCCACAGGCCCUUACGGACCUCAAGAAACACAGUAUGGACACCAAGGGAACUAUCCUCGGCCCUCCAACUACUGUGGAACUACAGGUUCUAACUACAUCGUCCCUGGCCCAGGCAUGAACAACAGUUUGGUCAUGAACGCGAGCAGCCCCGUACAUGGCCAUGGCGCCGGUCAACCCAUCCUCGGAGGACGCAAUCAUGGACCUGGAAACCACAACAGAGGGUACCCAUCCGUGGCACCCAGCUCCCCCAGCAUGCCUCAGCCCGCAGGACCAGGAAUGGGCCCUCCAGCUUUGGGCACUUCGAACCGUAAGACACAGGAGGCAGCGGCGGCAGCCACCGUGCCAGGCUCAAUCAAUGCAACGCACAGCAGGCAGGGCAGCUCUCAAGGACCGAGCAACAGCCAGCCAAGCACCACAGUCACUUACAGCCGGCCAGCGGGCAACAAUCUUUCAGCCGUGGGCAAUGCACAAGGUCCAGCCUUCAAUGUGAUGCCUUCAGAAAUGAAUGAAUCACACAAAACCACCACCAGCAGCAGCAGCAGCAAGUCACUUGAGAAGGCGUUGAGCGAUCAUGGAGCCAUUGGAAUGUCUGAGGAGAGGGUGUUGAGCCCGGAUGGGAAAAUGAAAGCAGAUGCAAAAGAUGCCAAUGGCUCUGCCAACGACACUCAUAAACCAAAGCUACAUGACGGUCACAAUAACAGCACCGCCGGCGCCCAGCAGUGUGCGUCGCAGCCGGCCACGCCAGGCAGUGCUCUGCCCGUCUCCUCCCCGCUGUCACCCAGCCCGGCCAGCUUGUCCUCCUACCACGGCGAUGAUAGUGACAGCAUAAGCAGCCCUCCUUGGCCCGUCAAGGCCCCUCCAAGCCCAAAAGCCAACCCAAACUCGUCAACUUCCGGCGGCGAGCGAGUCUCGCGACUGUACGAGCUGGGUGUGGAGCCAGAGAGACGGAUAUGGGUGGACCGCUAUCUGACCUUCAUGGAGGACAGAGGAACUCCGGUUUCCCAGCUGCCAAUUGUGGGGAAGAAGCCUUUGGAUCUCUGGAAACUCUACAUCGCUGUUCGGGAGAUUGGAGGCCUUGCCAUGGUAAACAAGAACAAGAAGUGGCGGGAGCUGUCUACUACGCUGAGCGUGGGAACAUCGAGCAGCUCAGCAAGCUCGCUCAAAAAGCACUAUAUCCAGUUCCUGUUUGCCUACGAGUGUAAGAUGGAGCGAGGUGAAGAACCUCCAGCCGACAGUAGCAGCAGCAGCAGCGGAAGCGUGGCUGCGGUGGACAGCAGGAAGCAAGUCAAGAUCCAGCCUCCGUCACCUGCCAACUCAGGCGGCUCCCUACAAGGUCCACAGACGCCGCUAUCGUCUGGCAGCAGUUCCACUGCAGAAGGUGCAGUGGACCUCUUACCCCCCAUCCGUGCUACCACCCCUCUUGGACAGGGCACACCUGUGCCUUCAAACAGGAGCAGCGUGAGUGUGCAGGAUCCCUUCUCAGAAGUCAGUGACCCAGCUUUCCAGAAGCGGGCUGCCUCUCUGCCACCCUCUGCUUCAUAUCAGCAAGGCCUCGGCAUGCCUGACAUGAUGAUGAGGAUGCAAUACGACGCCAAGGACCCCUUCGCCGGCAUGAGGAAGAUGGCGGGAGCAGAUCCCUACAUGCCUGGCCAGAUGCCGCCUGGGGGAGUGCAGGACGUGUACGGACGGCCCCCAGCAGCCCUUAGUAUAAGUCAACGCUCGCAGUAUCCAUACGGACCGGGUUAUGACAGGAGACCGGACCACUUGAUGGGGAUGGAGGGGGGCUUGGGUCCACCUGGCAGUCAGAACAGCAUGGCACCUCACAAUGAGGGUAGCAUGUAUUCUUCCAGCCGAUACGCUUCACAGCAGAGACAUGAUGGCUACAAUCCGCAGUAUCCUGGCAUGCCGUAUGGGAUGCAUCCUUCUGGGAUGUACCAACAGCAACAGGGCUACAAACGAUCCAUGGACGGUAUGUAUGGUCCUCCGCCCAAGAGGCAUGAGAGCGAGAUGUACGGAAUGCACUUCUCCAACCAGCAGGCGGACAUGUAUAAUCACUACGGCGGGGGCUAUUCAGGCCCGGAUCACCGAGCCAUCCAAGGGCAGUUCCCUUACCCUUACCCCCGCGAUCGUAUGGGUUCUUCAGUGCCAAGCCAGCAUGGAAUAAUGGGCGGCGGGGGGCCUCCUCCCAACCACACCGCCGACGGUCCCAACAUGUGGCCAUCCAGGACAGACCUGGGUUAUCCCUACCCCAAUCGACAAGGACACCCAUCCCAAAUGCCCCCUUACGGCUCCAUUGGCAGAGAUGACAUGGAUGGGCGACCGGGGCAGGAUCAAUGGCAUCGGCAGUCUCCUUACAUGACAUCAUCAGGCGCUAUGCCUCCAUUUUCAUCCCGCCACCCCCCGUCCGCUUAUUCCAACUCACAAUCCGUGGCAAACCACCUGCCCAGAGCUCCCAGUCCGGGAUCUUUCCAACGCACCUUGGACUCUCGCGUGUCGCCCAGCAAAGCGGCUUUCCUGUCAGCCAUGAAGAUGUCAAAACCCGGGAUGUCCGUGAUGGGCUCUCAGGGAUGUGGACCUCUGAGUCAGUACCCUCACAACCCGAGAAGGGACCUCAACAACCCACCGGGAUGCGUGGAGGGCACCGUGCCGAUUCUCAGGCCUCGACGCAAGCUUACCUCCAAGGACACAGGAAUGCCCGAGGCCUGGCGUGUGAUGAUGUCGCUGAAAUCCGGCCUCCUAGCAGAGAGCACGUGGGCGCUUGAUACCAUCAACAUUCUGCUGUAUGACGACAGUACCGUUGCUUCGUUUAAUCUCUCCCAGUUGCCUGGCUUCCUGGAGCUCAUCGUCGAGUACUUCCGCCGGUACCUGAUUGAGAUUUUUGGAAUGCUGCAAGAGUUUGAAGUCGGGACGGUGACAAAGGAAAGCUCGUCGGACCUCGACCGCGACCAGAAAGAAAAAACUAUCUUGGACAGUGAAAUGGAACCCGCGGUGCAAGCUACAUCGGAAUCGAUCCCAGCUCUUGUAGCGCCGGAGGAACGACGACCAGGAAACACCGUGAAGGAAUAUCUUGUUGUUACUGGAGAGCCCCUUUCAACUGACGGGAUCAAUAAACCAAAUCAGUGCGUACAAAAAGAUGGAGACAAAGACGCGAAAGCAGAGGGGAAAAGCCAGCAUGAUGUUGAGCUGCCCGUUACGGAGCUCGAACCAAAACCCAAACAAGCUAGCAAAUAUGAUAAGUUCCCCAUCACCAUUGUUCACAAAGACGACCCGAGUGAAAACAUGACGGAAGACCUCGUCGAGUUCACCAGCGGGCUGCUCCACUGGCAAGCCGGCGGGGGCGACACCACGGCUCACAUUCAGACCUACUUUGAGCCCCGCCGCGAGCCAGCCAACGGGGCGGAGGACAAGAUGCUCAAAGCAAGCAGGGAGGUCGACGAAGAGGAGGAACCGAGGAAACGUAUCACGGCUACCAUUGAUGACGUUCUGUGCGCGCGCGUCGACGCCCUUUCAAACGCCCACCCCGCUCGCUCGCUGCCGUCCUACCCUUUCCGGGUGCAUCCGGACGGCGAGCGGGACCGCAUCACCUUGCUGGAGGAUGAACCGCGAUGCCCGGAUGAAACCCCGCUGUACCCGAGCGCCGCCUGGCAGGACUCGUUAGCCAAACGCUGCCUCUGCGUCUCCAACAUCGUGCGCGGCUUGUCCUUCAUCCCGGGGAACGACUCGGAUAUGUCGAGACAUCCCGCUCUGGUUCUUCUUCUGGGCAGGCUCCUCUUGCUGCACCAUCAGCACCCCGAGAGGACCAGGUCGUCCCCCGGCGAUCCAAGAGAUGAGCGGCAGGACAAGGGGCUGUCCGGCAGUAAAUACGAGUGGCGGUGGGAGUGUCUGAGUCAGCUCAGGGAGAAUGCAAUGGUCACUUUAGCUAACAUCGCGGGCCAGCUGGAUCUCUCCGCUUACGCCGAUACCAUCUGCUUUCCCAUCUUGGAUGGCCUCCUCCACUGGAUGGUGUGCCCUUCGGCCGAAGCCCAGGACCCCUUCCCUUCGUCGGUGGCCUACUCCCAACUCACCCCUCAGAGGCUGGUUCUGGAGUGCCUUUGCAAGCUGAGCAUCCAGGAAGGUAACGUGGACCUCCUCCUUGCCACGCCUCCUUUCAGUCGACAAGAGAAGCUCUUCACGGUACUGGUCCGCUACGUCGGUCAGAGAAAAGCCCAAGUGUACAGGGAGAUGGCGGUGGCCAUCACCUCCCACCUGGCGCAGGGAGACCCGACCGCGGCACGUGUCAUAGCCAUGCAGAAAGGCGGCGUUGGUAAUUUGGUCUCCUUUUUAGAGGACGGCGUCAGCAUGGCCCAGUACCAGCAUAACCCUCACAGCUUAUUGCACAUGGGACACCCGCACGUGGAUCCACCGAGCGUGAGCAUGUUGUGUAGAGCGGCCAAAGGCCUGUUGGCCAUGGCCAAAGUGGAGGAGAACAAAAGCGAAUUUGUGCUUUACGAAAGCAGAUUGUUAGACAUUUCCAUUUCUUCCGUAUUGAACGCUGGAGUAGUGGCGAUUAUUUGCCAGGUUCUCUUUCACCUAGGGAAGUUAUGACAGGAGCACAGGUAAGACUUUGUUGGCAGACAUUGAGGUGGACAGACUGUUUCACUUGUGCUAUUUUUAUUCAUCAAACUGAUAAAACGUGUUUAGUUUUUUUUAUUAUUAUUUUUUAUUCCACUUAAAACAGAAUAUCUAUGUACCAUAUGCCCUCUCAGCCCUGUUGUGGGGUUGGUUUCAUUUUAAUACAAAUAUUUAAUACCUGCUGGUGUUGGUCAUUGCUAAUUGUGUUUGACAUUUGUUUACUUUUUUCACCCAAAGCUACCCCCAGAUUUCGGUGCUGACUUUCAUCGAAGAGUUUCUUUUCGGUUUUAUAAAAGUUAAAAUAUGCUCAUCUACUUUUUGUGAAUGGAGAGUAUUUAUUUAAAAAUGUGACACUGUACAGGAGUUUGAACUUUUUAUCUGCACUUGUGGGGGGAAAAAAAUAACACACCGACUGAUUUGAGAUCUUUAUGUCUCGGUCGCUGGAAGAGAACUUGUGCAAUAGUACUAGAACAAGUGGUCCCUUCUAUGAACCUGAUGAUGAAAACACACCUGCAGUGUGUAUUUUAGGCCACAAGGAGGCAGCUUGCACCCACUAAUCAGCUUGAGAGAAGCGCACCUGUCAAAAAAAAAAAAAAGAAACGUCUAAUUUAUUCAUCAUUGCCUCAACGACUUUCGAACUUUUGUCUCACCAAUGCUCGUUACAUCAUCUUGUCUGUAUUGUUUCAUCACUGUAUACAAACUGUACAACGGAGGCACAUGGUUCUUUCCAUCUCAAUCAAGCAUAGCAAGAACUGGGACGAUGAACAUACGCUUUUAUUGUUGUUCAACACAUUUGUUAUUGUUACUAUGAGUAUUUUGUUAAUGGGGUCUGAUAUUCGAACAUGGUAACCGAUGUUUCAAUGUAAAAAAAGAAUAAGAAGAAUAAUGAUAAACGCCUGUAUGCAUUGUAUUAUAGCUGAGAAAACAAUCGCUUUGGUAAUCAAACAUGAAAAGUGCCAGGGUGAGAGGAUAUAUAGUCGAGGUUAUAUAAGAGUACCGAACACAUUUCUUUUUGGUAACGUCCUCCAUUCACAUUAGUGGGCAUAUUUUGGAAUGCUCUAUAAAAAGAAAUAUGUUACCUACAAGAUGGUUAAAAAUGCUCAUUGUAAAAUUGGCCUUUUUCAUAUGCCUACAGUAUGUCUCUUUUAUCCGGUAUAUACAUUUAUACUCUGUGCUGCACAUGUCACAAAUAAAUGUACGAUGAACAUCA